AUGAACAUCUUUUUACUUCUAUUGAGCGGCGUUUUGUUCGCCCUCACGUUUGUCUUCUGGAAAAAUCGUUUUCAGAGAAACAGCGGUGAAAUAUCAUCAAGUUCAACUUCUCUUGCCCUAGUAAGAACCUCUUCUGGAUCAACUAAGAACAAUGCUGAUAAAACUCUCUCAGUCAACAACCUCUCUCGGGAUAUCUUAAGAAAUAAUAUCCCACACUCAAUAGCUAUGCAGAAGCGCAUACUGGUAAACCUCAGAAUCGUGGAAUACAAGCUGACUGAACUGGAACAUUUCCUAGUUACCAAGGGUAUAAGAGGUGCAUUAGUUAACCGAAAAUCCACUGAAAAUCUUACCAGCCGUAAGGACAGUGGAAGCAACCAUUAA